AAAACGGGUGGUUCGAAGCGCCGCUGAGCUCGGUGUUGAUGAGGCGGGAGCGGGUCAUGGCGGUGAUGUGCGGAGGUCGGGCAGCGGGAGGGCUGCGGCUCUGAGGACGGGCUGAGCGCUCCGGGGCUCCGCCUGUGUGUGUGUGAGGGUGCGAUACAGCGGGGGAAGAUGGCGGAGUUCUCCCCCGCGCUGCAUCUGCGCUCCGGCUCCGACUCUGACAGCGAGCUCUCGCAGAGCCUCGCCCGAUUCAAGACGCGCUCGUACGGCAGCACGGCCACGGCCGCCGCGCCGCUCACCGAGAAAUACGUGGAGCAUCGCGUGGCGGAGGGGGACACCCUGCAGGGCAUCGCGCUCAGAUACGGGGUCACGAUGGAGCAGAUCAAAAGGGUCAACAAGCUUUUCAGCAAUGACUGCAUUUUCCUGCGGCACAGUCUGAACAUCCCGGUGCGGACGGAGAGACCUCCCCUGUUUAACGGACUUUCUCUGGAGUCUCCAGACAGCGAAAACACGACGCCUCAGGGCUCUCCCUGCAUCAGCCACAUGGUGGAGGACGUCCCCCAGGAAUCCACGGACCCCCCUUCACCUCCGGACCCAAAUACCCGACCCACCCAGCCUGAGGAGCUUUCAGCUAAAGACUACUUACACAUGCUGGACUUACAGAUCAAACGGUCCAAGCAAGCCGCCAGGAAGCUCAAAGACGAGGAUAGCAGGGAAGAUGAAGACCCGACGCAACCUUCAUCAUCAUCUUAUCAGGAGAUGUAACCCAAAUCUAAUCACGUUUACGUCCAGCUACGACAAUGACGUCCAUCUUUCAUCCGCUCUCUCCUUGUGUCCUUCUUUUAUUUAAAACCAUUUUUGCAAAAUAUUUGUUUGCAUUUAACAGGUCAUGGAUAAGGACUUAACACCUCCACUGCCUUUAAGAAGUUGCUUUUAUUAUUAUGAUUUAUUAUUACUAUAAUUAUUGUUGUUGGUUUUUUUUCUCCAUUCAGUUCUGUCUUUUUCUUCUUUUUUAUCUCUGGCUUUAUUGAACACAUUUAAAAUAAAAAUUCACCCAAAACUAUUAGCUUGGCUAAAAAGCUAAAGCUUGCAAGCAAAUGUCCAAAGCAAGCAGUUAGCAUGCUCCCGCUGUCUUCACUUCAGUGUUAGCUAUGUUAGCAUUUUUGGUCACAUUGUUUCUUCAGGGCACCACAUAUCAGUGAAUCAAUCGGUCAAUCCGUCCGUCCAUCCAGCCAGCCGUUCUGAACGCUUUAAACAAACUGCUGUACAAAUCUGAGCUAAUCUACCAUCAACACUACCAAGCCAGGUUCCAGAGACCUGAUCUGAAAAUGCUAAUCACAUUGCAUUCUGAUGAUCAGAACUCUCUGCGUAAAUAUCUGACACAUCUACAAGUUUGUGUUCAGUCAGUAAGGCUAUAUGGAACUGCGUGUGUGUGUGUGGCUGCUGAAUUUUAAUUUUUUGGGACUCGCUGUGUGAAAGUGAAGCUUUUGUGUGUGAAGUAUGGUUUUGGAGAAUUAUAAUGUAGUGUGCUUUUUGGAUUUGAAUAUCCUAAUAAAUGUCAGUAUUAAGAAUG